AUGGCGAACACACACGGUGCGACCGGGACGCACACCAGUAAUAACUAUUCCGAAAACCCCCAUCACCUCAACACCAACAUCGAGUCGGGCACGUUUGACGAGAAGACUGGUCGCCAUGACCCUAUACCUACCAUCAUCAAGAAGCCUGUCGAGGAUGAGGAAGAGGAUGAGGAUAUGGAUGCGCUGAUUGACGAGCUCGAGUCCCAGGAUGGCCACGCAGAGGAGGAGGAAGGUGAAGACGAAGCUUCUCCUGUCACUGGGCGUGUCGUGCCCGAAGACCAGCUCAAUACCGAUACUCGCAUUGGUCUCACUGAAUCUGAAGUUACUGCGCGUCGCAAGAAAUACGGUAUGAAUCAGAUGAAGGAAGAAAAGGAGAAUUUGAUCCUCAAGUUCCUUGGGUACUUUAUUGGUCCUAUUCAAUUUGUUAUGGAGGUAUGUCAACUUUCUAUUCCCACUGCCCAUCCCAUCACAUCCCCAGGCCAAGCUAGCAUCAUGAGCGUUUUCACUCCAUGCGGUGCUACCGUUACGCUAGAUAGCUACACUGGCUUUCCUUGUUUUGACCCGGAAGGUCCCGUCGCUGCCGCUGUGCUCGCUGCUGGUCUUCAAGAUUGGGUAGAUUUUGGUGUCAUCUGCGCCCUGCUUCUGCUGAACGCCGCUGUCGGUUUUAUCCAGGAAUUCCAAGCUGGCUCUAUCGUCGACGAAUUAAAGAAGACCCUCGCACUCAAGGCUGUCGUUCUUCGUGAUGGCCGUCUCUUCGAGGUCGAAGCUCCAAUGGUUGUUCCUGGUGACAUUCUGCAAAUCGAGGAGGGCACUAUCAUCCCGGCAGAUGGCCGCAUUGUCACGGACGAUGCUUUCCUCCAAGUUGACCAGUCUGCCAUCACCGGAGAGUCUCUCGCAGUGGACAAGCACAAGGGCGACCAAUGCUAUGCUUCUUCCGGUGUCAAGCGUGGUGAGGCCUUCAUGGUCAUCACUGCCACCGGUGACAACACCUUCGUCGGCCGUGCUGCUGCUCUUGUCAACCAAGCUUCCGGCGGAACUGGACAUUUUACUGAAGUCUUAAACGGUAUCGGUACGGUUCUCUUAAUCUUGGUUGUCUUCACCAACUUAAUCGUCUGGAUCUCGUCCUUCUAUCGUUCCAACAAAAUUGUCGAGAUUCUCAGGUAUACCCUAGCCAUUACCAUUAUUGGUGUUCCUGUCGGUCUCCCAGCUGUUGUUACCACAACUAUGGCUGUCGGUGCUGCCUAUCUCGCUAAAAAGAAGGCCAUUGUCCAGAAAUUGUCUGCCAUUGAGUCUUUGGCUGGUGUCGAAAUUCUCUGCUCUGACAAGACCGGUACCUUGACCAAGAAUAAGCUCUCUCUCGCCGAGCCUUUCACCGUCCCAGGUGUUGAGCCAGAUGACCUUAUGCUGACUGCCUGUCUCGCUGCUUCCCGCAAGAAGAAGGGUAUCGAUGCCAUUGACAAGGCUUUCUUAAAAGCCCUCCGAUACUACCCGCGUGCCAAGUCCGUGCUGUCCAAGUACAAGGUUAUCGAGUUCCACCCCUUUGAUCCCGUUUCCAAGAAGGUUCAGGCCGUUGUCGAGUCACCACAGGGUGAGCGAAUCAUUUGUGUCAAGGGUGCACCACUUUUCGUCCUGAAGACUGUCGAGGAAGAUCACCCCAUCCCAGAAGAGAUUGACCAAGCCUACAAGAACAAGGUCGCUGAGUUCGCUACUCGUGGUUUCCGUUCCCUCGGUGUUGCACGCAAGCGUGGUGAAGGCCAGUGGGAGAUCCUCGGCAUCAUGCCCUGCUCUGACCCUCCUCGUCACGACACUGCCCGUACUAUCAACGAAGCCAAGACUCUCGGUCUAUCAAUCAAGAUGUUGACUGGUGACGCUGUUGGUAUUGCUCGUGAAACAUCUCGCCAACUCGGUCUCGGUACCAAUGUCUACAACGCUGAGCGUCUCGGUCUCGGUGGUGGUGGUGAUAUGCCAGGUUCGGAGGUGUAUGACUUCGUCGAGGCUGCUGAUGGCUUUGCUGAGGUUUUUCCCCAACACAAGUACAAUGUCGUCGAGAUUCUCCAACAGCGUGGUUACCUUGUUGCCAUGACUGGUGACGGUGUCAAUGAUGCGCCUUCUUUGAAGAAGGCUGAUACUGGUAUUGCCGUCGAGGGUGCUUCCGAUGCUGCUCGUUCUGCCGCUGAUAUCGUCUUCUUGGCUCCUGGUCUUGGUGCUAUCAUUGAUGCUCUCAAGACUUCCAGACAGAUUUUUCACCGCAUGUACGCUUACGUUGUCUAUCGUAUCGCCUUGUCCAUCCAUUUGGAAAUCUUCCUUGGUCUCUGGAUCGCCAUUCUGAACAGAUCCCUCAAUAUUGAGCUGGUCGUCUUCAUCGCCAUUUUCGCUGACGUUGCAACUCUUGCCAUUGCUUACGAUAACGCUCCCUUCUCCAAGUCGCCAGUCAAGUGGAACUUGCCUAAACUCUGGGGUAUGUCGGUUCUCCUUGGUAUUGUCCUUGCUGUUGGUACUUGGAUUACUCUCACUACCAUGAUUGCUCGUGGUGAUCAUGGCGGUAUUGUUGAGAACUUCGGUGUCCUGGAUGAGGUCAUUUUCCUGGAAAUCUCCCUGACUGAGAACUGGCUGAUCUUCAUCACUCGUGCCAAUGGCCCCUUCUGGUCUUCGCUCCCUUCGUGGCAAUUGGCCGGUGCCAUCUUAUUGGUCGAUAUCCUUGCAACAUUCUUCACCCUCUUCGGCUGGUUCGUUGGUGGUCAAACCUCUAUUGUCGCUGUCGUCCGUAUCUGGAUCUUCUCAUUCGGUGUCUUUUGCAUCAUGGGAGGUGUCUACUAUCUUCUCCAAGAUAGCAUUGGCUUCGACAACCUGAUGCAUGGGAAGUCACCUAAGCAAAAACAAAAGCAAAGAUCUCUGGAAGAUUUCGUCGUUUCGCUUCAACGUGUCUCGACACAACACGAGAAGUCAGCAUGA